GAAAGGGAAGGCCUCUCUCCAUCGUCAUCACGUCCGUUCGACGAGAAAGAUCAACGGUCCAUGUUAUUCGCCGGAUGAGCGCGAGGCAUGUCACGUGAUACGGUGGCUGCCUGGGUCGGUUCUCUUCCGCCUUUGGAACCUUCACCGACAAAAGAGAGGAAAAGGAAUCCCUCGGCAGAGGAGAGGGGCGGCCAUGGGAUCCAUGGCGAGGAACGACUGGACGAGGCCCAGGGAGAACGACGGCGCCAGUGCUGGAUGGAUUCUCUGGCCACGAAGUCGCGAAAGACUACGAAGCUCAACAGAUUCGUUCAUCGAUUUUGGUUGAAAGUUGAAACCAAAAAAACUAUACCACGGGGCUCUCUUCAGUCUGAAGAUUUUAAAACCAAGAAAAUAUUUGUUGGUGGGAUUCGGUCAACUCUUACAGAAGAUGAGUUCAAGAAUUUCUUCUCAAAGUAUGGAAAAGUUGCGAAUCACCGGAUUAUACGUGACCAUUCAACCAACAGAGCAUGUGGCUUUGGCUUUAUCAUAUUUGAUUCGGAAGAAGUUGUAGAUGAUUUGUUAUCUGAGGGAAAUAUGAUUGAUCUAGCUGGUUCUAAAGUGAGUUUUAUACAGUUGUUGAAAAAUGAUCUCAUUAAAAUUGAUCCAGGUUUGCCCUAUGUGCAUUUUGCACUAUUCCAUUUUGUGUUUUGGAAUUAUGAAGAUAAACAAGCAGUUAACAUGCUUAUUUUUGCCACACUGAUAUUCGAUAACCAUGUCGCAUUGUAGGUUGAUUUUGGGUUCAUAGAUAUUCCUGACCAAGGCUGUUGACUUUUGCAUGUAACAGGAAUUAGGUUAAUGCUGUUGCAUUGUUGUAGGUGGAGAUCAAGACAGCUGAACCAAAGAAAGUCUCAAACUAGCCGGCUUCAUAUGGUAGUGAACCUAGGCCACGGUCGUUUAGUGAUAGCUUUGGUGGUCUUGGCAACGCUUAUAGUGGUUUUGGAGGUGGCGGAUAUGGCCCUAGUCCCUAUAGGAUUCCUGGAGGUUUUGGUGGUAGGUUUGGUGGCUAUGGUGUUGGUGCUGGUGAAUUCGGUGGAGGAUAUGGUGGUUUUGAUCGAGGAUUAGGUGUGGCAACCUAAGGGAAUCUUCCCUUGGUCAUUCAAGUCGGCUUGGAUCUUAUGGGGGAGGGCUUGAUGGUGGAUAUGGGCCGAGUGGCUUCGGUGGCUAUGGUCACGGUGAUAAUACCUUUGGUCGUUAUGAUGCUUUCUAUGGUGGUGCAUAUGAUGAUUCUAGCCCAGGUGCCGAAUCUGGUGGAAUGUAUCAUAGUCGGGGAAGCUAUGGCAGUGGUGCUGGCAGUUUCUCCUCAGUAUGCUUUUCACGACAGCUUGCAUUAGUACACCAGAUGCAUAGUUCUUGAUCUGUAAUCUUUCCAAGGUCACCGAUAGGAGAUUAUUCCGGAUCAAAGGUUUGCUAGUUUGCUUGUUUGACUGUUGUGAGAGCCAUGUAAUACAUAGAACACAAAUUAGAUGCUCUAUGGUUUGUGUUUUCUUGCUCUUUUUUUGGUUAUUCUAGACUUGUAGACCACAUACCUUGGUGUGUAGAAUGCUUUAAUAUCAGUUUCUAUCCAGCAUUUGAUUUCUUGCUAGUUCUUUAGAUGUUCAUGUAAUGGGAGAUUGAAAUGAAAUUUGAUUGUUGGCAUCUCGGACUUGUCAAGUUUAGUUCCUAAGCUUCUGUUGUUAGUGCGGUCUGAUGUAGGUUAUUGUUUCACCGACCUCUACCUUUUACCGAGAACCAAGUUAUGGUUAAUGUUGGAUUCUAGGUUUUU